CGUUUGCAAACGUCACGGCAGCUGACUGUGGGAAAGGUUUUGUUGUGCUCUAUUCUCGCCCUGGGUGAAAGUGUUUGCAGCAACAAAUCAGUGCGAAAACAAAAGAAAAUCCACCAUCGGUGGCAACUAAUUCCAAGUGUGUCUUUAUUGGAAAUCGUCACCUCACCCACAGUGCCUGCAUGGUUUAAUCGUACCUGCCCUUUGCAAUCUUCUCCAUUCGUCCGUCCUUAUUGCUUUCUGACGCACGAACAGAAUCACGAAAACAUCCAACACAUUCAACGCACCCAGCCACCAUUCAACCCGAAGGCCACCCAAGCUGGUCGAAUGUCGAAUUAGACCAGCAGCGGAGCUAGCAAGCCAUGAGCACAGCGGAGCCGAACGCGCCGACCUCCCAGCAGGCCCUCCAGGCGGCCCUGCAAACACUGAAGGAGCGGUGUCAAACGUUCCAGCGCCGAAUUGCCCUGCUGGAGGAGGAGAACGAUUCGCUCCGGUCGCUGCAAACCAGAGCGACCGUGGCGGAGCAGCUGCAGCUCGACAGUAGCCGGCCGGCCAACCAGACCGAGCUGCGCCAGCUGCGCGAAAGUGUGGCCGAGCUGACGCACCAAAAGAUGCAGCUGGCGGAACAGAUCGCGAUGGUCGACACGGAGAACCGGCAGCUCUGGCGUCGGCUCUCGCUGAUCGUGAAGGAUCUCGGCGAAGUGACCGUCGGUCCCUCCACCACACUCACAGUCACGGUCAAUCAGCCCCUGCAGCAGCAGCAGCAGCAGCACCAGCGGACAUCAACCACGCAACCUUCCCAGAAUCUGAUCCGCUCGCGCACGUUCACCAAGCACGCGCCGAAUCCGAAGCUGCGGGAGCGGGCCCACCGAGACGGCUCCACCGACGAGGAGCCGCUCAAUCUGGAGGACAUUUCGCUGCUCAACACGUGCGGCUUUCUGGAGAGCUCGGGCGUGGACGCCGGCCUGGACGACGACGGGGAGCUGCUGCGGGCCGCCCUCGAGGCCAACCCGGACCUGAGCCGCUGCACCGACGGACUGCUGGACAUUAAGCGCGAGCUCGCCCGCCAGCAAAUGCUCAUGCGUGACCUAUAUCAACAGUUUGCGCAAGAGCUAAACAGCCGUGCCCACACAGAAGCGGAAAAGCUGAUGAAGGACGUGAUGGUGGAGGUGGUGGAGUGUGAGCUGCCGCCCCGGAAGGCGAAGGUGCCCGCCCAGCCCGCUAGGGACGAGGCCAGUCCGUCCGCGCUAAUGUUCGGCAAGGUCGGCAUGAGCCUGCUGCUGCAGGAGAAGCUGCGGGCGGGCGGGAUGAAGCGGACCUGCCCGAUGUGCGGCGCGCUGUACGGGCCCGAGACGGCGUUCGACGACUUUCAGGCGCACGUCGAGGCGCACUUCCUGACUGAGGGCGAAACAGCGAUGGAGGAGCUCAGCCUGGAUCGGUACAACGAGUAUAACGCGUCACAGCCGGUGGGAGACUUCUGACCGUCGCCGGGCCCGGGCCCGGCCCGCAGCCGGAUCUUUUUCUCCAGCGAACUCUAGCCGCCCCUACCCCCCCCUACUCCACCCCUUUUGUUCCUACCAGGCGGGUGAGGUGGGUGUGCUAAAACGCUGGCAGUGCCGCAUCUUCCUCCGCUGUCGUGCGCUUUUUGCUGAAGUUUACUUUGAUGUCCGCAACUCCUGUAUUUAGUAGUAGCAGUGCUGCAAAAUGACACUGUCUGAAUGUCAUAAAAACAAAUUUGACUGAAACAAAAUCCAUGUCAGCGUUACGUAGUCAUUUGUGAUAAUCAGAGGUGAUACUCAAAACGAUUGGUGUGAUCAAUGCGUGACAUUUCGUGACAUUUUUGCGACCACCGCUUGGCCAGUCACUAGGUCAUGACUUUUUUUUACUGUGAGCAGUUCUGCAAGAUUUCACUGUCAUAUACAUGACAAAUUCUGGGUGAAACAAAAUAAUGUCAGCGUCAUGAGCUCUACCGUGAUGAUCAGAGGUGAGACUCAAACAGGUGUGACCAUCACAUGCUUGGUGACAUUGUGUGCUACCAGCCCUUGGUCGCGACAUUUUCUGUCGGUGAUCAUCACGACAGUCAUGGGAGAUGUGCGGAGUGUGCCAGUGGUUCCAAGAUACAAAAUGAGCAUGUUUUCUCGUUCUGUUUGACGCGACAUAGCGAGAAAGAAGGAUUAUUUUGUUGCUUAGGACCACACGCCAAGUAUAUUCCAAGAAUGUCGUGAUUAUCAUUGAGAGAAAAUGUCUUGACCAAGUGAGUGACCAAUCGUUGAGUGUUCCAAAAAAUCACCGCUGAUCAUUACAGUUGUGUACGUGAGCUGACUUGAACUUCGUUUCAGUCAUGAGUGUUGGUGACUGAAACGGUGGCAUUAGGCAGCACUGUUCACUGCCUUAAAAAAAAGUCUUGAUUAUGCUUGUGACGGCAUUAAGCUCAGUAUUUCAGUCAGAGUAUCGGGCUUGACUCAAGCACUCGCAUAUCGUGUUCGGCAUGUCAUGACGCACUUUCAUUGAGUGUCAGUAAUGAGCAUCAAGCUGCCACGGAUAUUUUCAUUGUUUUCGGUGGUGAUCGUCACGUGAUGGUCAUGACAUUUUGCAGCACUAAGUAGUAGUGAGCAAUGCAAACACAUCAGAACAAAAACCAAGGCAAACAGUGUGUGUGUGUGUGUGUGUGCUACCUCACCGUUCUUGCACACCUGUCGGGCUUGUAAAGGGUAAUCAGGUUUAAGGAAGGUGCAAGGCGUCUUUACCUAAGUAAUUUUUUUUCCUAACUACGAUAUUAAUCAGAAUAAAGAUCUUGUUACAUCUUUGUA